GUAAGCAUUUCCAUGCCACUGAUAUUGAAUAUUUGUAUAUUUCAUAGGCGAUGAAUGGACAAUAUCUUUGCAAUCGUCAAAUUACAGUGUCAUAUGCUUAUAAGAAAGACACUAAGGGUGAACGGCAUGGUACCCCGGCAGAAAGAGUUUUGGCUGCAAGUAAUCCAACUGCACAGAAGAGCAGGCCCCAUACUUUAUUUGCCAGUGGACCUCCGACACUUCCAAAUGUUCCUCAGGCUAAUGGGGUUGCACCAGUGCCUCCCCGUCCCUUUGCUAAUGGGGUCGCUCCUGGUUCGAUUCCCGCCCUUCGUCCACCACCCCCUCAAGCUGCUGCGUUCCAGCCUAUGCCAGUACCAUAGAAAUGAUAUUGUUAG